UCUGGCUUCCCGCUUUCUCGUUUUCUUCGAAAAAAUGAAAGUGUUUACGUCUCUUUUGCUCACUGCCUUACUAGCCACGCUGGUGCGUGCAUUCACUCCCAACUUUAUCAUUCAAGAUGGAGUUCAGCCUUUCAAGAAAUCGACCGACCUCAUUGAAAAUUGUGGCGAUCCCGAUGAUAUUUUGGAGAUUGACUACAUCACACUUGACCCCGAUCCACCAAUGAGAGGCCAGAACUUGACGAUUGACUUCAAGGGCACCUUAAGUAAAGAGGUGCCGGAGGGUACCGUAGCUCAUGUGGAGGUCAAAUUCGGUCGUAUCAGUCUUCUGAGAAAAGAUUUCGAUCUUUGCCAUGAAAUCGAGAACCUCGAAGAACAUUGCCCCAUUCCCAAGGGUGAAUUGGUCUUUACCAAACAAGUCACUUUACCCUCCCAAAUUCCUCCCGGUCGAUACACCGUCAAAGCCGUUAUUGACACGCCUGACGAUGAAGAAGUAGCUUGCCUCAUUGGACGUGCCACCUUUUCACGUCGUUGAGUCAAGCAAAUCACAGCAAAAUACAAACCGAUACAGUCGAUGAUAUGAUGUUAAUAAACAGCGUCAAGCUGAGUUAUUCUUGGUGAUUUAUUUUCUCAGUUGUUAUGCGUGAUGCCGUUCCGAAAUAAAGAGAGAGUUCACGUCAAGCAAUGGGGCCGUGUUUUCAA